AUGGCCAAAACCAAAAAGCUGUCCAACGAUGUCAGGGACAAGAUUGUAGACUUACACAAGGCUGGGAUGGGCUACAAGACUAUCUCCAAAAGAAAAAAAUUGUGUGUCCAGCAGACCCAAAUUACUUUGGAGUUGUUGGAUCAUCUGGAGCGGCUGGCGCUGGUGGACUUCCGCAACUGGGAGGGCGUCCGCCGUUUGGAGAGCGCGGUGGCAUUUGCCGAGCAGCUUCAAGCCGUGAAUACCGAUGGAGUCGAACCCAUGGAGUCGGUGCUGGAAGACAGGCAUCUCUACCUCAGGGAAGAUGAUGUCUCGGAAGGGAAUUGCGCAGAGGAACUCCUGAAGAAGGCUGCCAAGACAGUUGAAGGAUAUUUCAUAGCUCCACCAGGUAACAUCCCUCUGCCAAAGGUAGAAGAGAGAAAUAGUUUUCUUCACAAGGAAGACUCUUAAUAGAAGAUUCGACUUGAAAUGCCAUCACCAACUGCUUUUAGACACAUUGUGCAUUGUUAUCUAGAUCAAAUUUUUAUAUCAGGUACCUCAUGUAAUGGGGGGGGGGAGAGGAGGGAGGAACAGGAACUGAAAUGAGUGGUGUUGCUUAGCCGAGACAAAAAUACUAAUUACAGAGCUGUAUGGAUUUGGAAAGAGUCUCUAAGUUUAACACAAACAUGAUGUGUGAACAUGUCUAGAACUUCUUUUAAACCCCAUACAAGAAUUCUGAUCACAUUAAAAUUUCGCACAAGUUUACUGGUA